CAACUUUCCGGUCCGAAUUUUGGUACCAAUCUGAUUCCCUUGCUCAAGCAUGAUUUCAAAAUCCCCUUCAGCAAUCUGGAGUCAAAUUCUCCUUGGUUGGACCGGGUCUUGCGGGCUGGCCACUUCGUUUAUUUUUAAUUUCGAAAGAUUCACGAUGGCAACAAAGAGGUGGCUUGCGGACGAGAACGGGCCGACUAGCUGCUCGCACAAGUCAACGUAUGUAAAGAGUCUGGAGAGAUCUGCAACACAUCCUGCCAACAAAAGCCUCUGAGAGCCUGCCUGGCGCACUUCCAGCGAAGCGGCACGAUAGACCGCGAUAACGAAAAUCGCAUCUUCGACUGAAGAAAUAAGAAAAAAGUGCAGUCUCUCUGCAAGGAGCCGAUCUGUUGCUAUGUUGGCCGGAUAACAUAUUCGACAGCGUCUUGCGCUGUAGCAGCUUG